AUGGCGCCCGUGGAAGCCACCAUCGCCCUGUCGCAUCAGGAGGGGAUUACUGACAGCGCCCGGGCAAGAGAGCUGUACAAAUACUACCAACCCAAUGCUCCCAUCAACGCUGACACAUGCUUCCCUGCCCCGCCCCCCGCUCCAGAAGAUGAUGAGCCGACGCGGGACCUCAAGGUCAAGUCAGAGGUCACCUCGUCCAAGAUCUCUUCUCCCGAUACAGCACUCACUGCCUUCUGUCAACUGACAACAUGGAGGACGGGGGCCCAGAGAGCAAUGAUAAGCGUCAUUGAUGCAGAGACGCAAUACUUCAUUGCCGAGAGCACCAAGACCGUGGAUCUUGUGGACAACUCCAGAUAUGAGCUCGGAGACGACAUCUGGAUGGGUUGCGGCAGUGUAACCAAGGCUGGCCGGCUGUGCGAAAGAACCAUUGCAGUUGCCCCUGCCAAGCCUGGAGACUACCCAUGUUUUAUUGUCGAGAACUUGAGCCAGGAUGAGCGCUUCAAUACCCUGCCAUUCGUUACCGGGGAUCCAUUCCUCAGGUUCUACGCCGGAGUACCACUGAUAACCAAGCGAGGGAUCCCAAUUGGAAGCCUUUUCGUCGUCGAUGACCGAGCCGGACUUCCGUUGAGCCGAGAAAAGAUACACUUCAUGGGGACAAUGGCGGUGACAAUCAUGAAACAUAUGGAGAUGGCGAGAGAGGUAGAGGAACAUCGACGGGGAAUGAAGAUGAGCCGGGGUCUUGCAUCGUUUGUCGAAGGGCGUGCAGAACUAGCUGAAGCAGACAUGGAGGCUGAAGAUAAUGAAGGCACGCGGAUCGCUGGCCAAUUUGAAGAGCCUAGUAUCACCAAAACAAAGUCUAAAGGGACAAACUCUAUCGCUUCGGCCAUUGGAUCUGCGGCCAGCAUUGAAAGAAAGGAGAGGGAGUACUCGGCUGCGCUUUCAAAGACGGAGGAGGCGAUCAUGGAAUCCCAAGUCCACACUCCCCAAACCGAAACCACGAGCACUCGGCCCGAAUUUGAAUCCGUUUCCCAGCCAACCUCAUUUGGUGGUACGAGUGUGAGUGUGUCGUCACCCAAUGACACCCAGGACAGAUUGACUCCCGCCGGGGAUGAUGCAUCUGAAACGUCGUCGCUGCGAUUGUUGUUCUCACGUGCGGCAAAUCUCAUUCGAGAAGCAUUCGAAGUGGAUGGUGGCGCUGUGUUCUAUGACGCCCAAACAGGAUUCAGCAGCAAUGCCGGAAAGCAGGACCCCAGCUCAGCCUUCGUGCGAGAGGAUAGUCAAGCAGACAGUUUAGCUGAUAGCAGCCACGCCAGCGGCGACGACCAACCUUCUUCGGGCGAGCAAAUCUCUGAUGAAGAGACCAAGAUCAUUUCUCCCACUUCCCCGGCCCAAAGUAGUCCACCGGGACUCGGCGAGGGGAUGUUCUCACGGUCGACGAAAGAUUCGGGUAAGACCGUUGAAAUUCUAGGGUUUUCAACCGCGGACGCCUCUUCUAUUCACGGCGAUGCGCUCCCUGGACCAGAAUCAUUUACUCCCUUUGAAGAGACGUCCUUGCAUACUCUACUGCGCCGGUAUUCUCGAGGGAAGCUAUGGACUUUUGAUUCGGACGGAGCAGUCUCUUCAUCUUCCGAGGACGAAACAUACAAGCGCUCAAAUCGAGAGAUAGAUCAACGGCGAAACGACAGUCAUCGACGUAAGGUUCGGGGCCAGAAAGCAAAGUCCGAUGCCAGAUUUCUGGCGGAGCAUUUCCCCGGUGUCCGUCAACUGCUUUUCGUUCCUCUUUGGGAUGCAGGGCGUUCUCGCUGGCUUAGCGGCUGCUUUGCUUGGUCCACGGAGCCGACUAGGAUUCUAUCAAAGCAAAGCGAACUGGCGUUCCUGACUGCCUUUGGCAACUCGGUCAUGGCUGAAUGGGCACGGAUCGACACUGAGAUCGCAGACCAAAAGAAGGGUGACUUUAUUGGAAGUAUCUCGCAUGAGCUGCGAUCACCCCUUCAUGGAAUUCUUGCCAGUGCUGAAUUCUUGGAGGAAGUCACAACCGGAUGGGAAAGUAGACUCGUUGAGACCAUUGAUAGUUGUGGAAGGACAUUGCUUGAUACCAUUAAUCAUAUCCUCGAUUACUCAAAGAUCAACCAUUUCGAAAAGAAUUGGCGAAAAAACAAACGGGACGGCCGCCGACCAAUGGCAUCCCGCGGCGGCUCUCUUUCUCUACGGCAAUCUGACCUUCCGAUGCUCAAUUUGUUCCAAGAUGUUGAUAUCUCUGUCAUCUGCGAAGAGGUUGUGGAAAGCGUGUUCGCUGGUCACGUCUUCCAAAAUAUCACAGCUCAAUCAUUCGAUAUGGUACCCGAUGCUCGCGGAAAGAUGUCUGAUCCCAGAAAUUUCAUCGCAGCACCAGAUCAAUUGAUGGGCCCUGGACAAGCCCCGCCUUCGGGAGUGGCCGUCAUUCUCGAUGUCGACCUCCAGAAUUACCAUUUCACAACCCAGCCUGGAGCACUGCGGAGACUCAUUAUGAACUUGCUCGGCAAUGCUCUCAAAUACACUUCACAUGGCUAUGUUCGGAUCAAACUUGAUUCCACUGACAUGGAAGAUUUACCUGGCACUUCUGGAUCACAAGGCAGCAGUGAUGCUGUUCCGAGGUCUUUGGUAACCCUUACUGUAACAGACACCGGAAAGGGUAUCUCAGCGGACUUCUUGAGGUCGAAACUCUUCAUGCCCUUUGCGCAAGAGAAUUCCUUGUCAAGUGGUACAGGUCUUGGUUUGUCUAUUGUUCGGAAGAUCGUGUCAUUGCUGGAAGGAGAGAUUACAAUCGACAGUGAGGUUGGACGCGGUACCCAGGUCCGGGUUACACUUCCUCUCCUCCGCGAAAUGCCACGAACUACCGACUCUUCUUCUAGUACUACGAAGUCCGUAAUGUCCGUUCCUCGCGAAACAGAUGAAUCAAUUAUAGAACUUCGCGCACGAGUGAGAGGUCAGAGAGUUGUCCUCCAUGGCUUCGAUAUUAAUACAAAAGACCCCAUUGUCCGCGAAAUGGGCAAGAUACUGAAGGCUUCGAUCGCUACCUUCUUGGUUAACUGGUAUGGGUUGAGGAUUGUUCCACUUGGCCAAAAAGCCAACAUUAUCAUCUCGAACGAAGGAGGUCCGACGGCGAUCUCGACACUGGUCGAGAAAUACAUUAGCCUCCACAAAAGUACUCCAUCGAUCAUUGUUCUCUGCUCACAUAGCUCAAGAUUCGAUCGCAGCCUCAGCUCAGCCAGUCAAUGCAACGUCGGGUUCGUCGCCAAACCAGUCGGUCCCCUCAAACUCGCUAAAGCCAUCACACAAUGUCUGGAAGGCGAAUCCGGCACCGUCACGCCAGGGCCGGAUGGUCCCACUUCGCAACCGGAAAGCAGCGACCUGAGCAACGUCUUCGAAGAACUCUCUCUAAGCCCUCGUGGGGGAGAAGUCCUUGACAACACCCGCAUGGCAGCCGAUAGCGCCAACGCACGAAAGGCGAUCGAAAGCCCAACGCCCAACGCAAUUGUCGAAAAGCACGCUGAAUUCCCCUUUCCCCCAGCUCUUGACACAAAGCCUAGCAUGCCAAAAUCAAUCACAAUACCCGCAGACAAGGCUACCCUAUCCCCAGUCGCCGAAAACGCUGCUCAACCUGCUUCCCUCACCCUCGCUGCUAUGGAAAAUGCCUCCCUAGCCUCCAAUCCCAAGACUUCGAAAAAGAAGAUCCCGACCAUGCUCCUGGUCGAUGAUAACCAGAUCAACCUCAGGUUGCUGAGUACGUAUCUCAAGCGGAGAAACUACGAGGUCAUCGAUGAAGCGAGCGAUGGCUUGGAAGCCGUGAAGCGGUUUGAGAGCAGGGGCGAGCAGGGGUACGACGUCGUGUUCAUGGAUAUCACGAUGCCGGUUCUCGACGGCUUCGGUGCCACACGACAGAUUCGAGCCAUCGAAGAAGCGCGACAGGAUAAAGCCGCAGCCGAUCCCGCUCAGCCACACGCAGGUGGAGGCAGGAAUCCGGCGCUCGUCAUCGCUUUCACGGGCAGGAGUAGUAUUGAGGAUCAGUCCGAGGCGUUGAGGGUGGGCAUUGAUCUUUUCAUGACGAAGCCGGUUGCUUUCAAGGAAGUGGGCAAGAUUAUCGAUAACUGGGUUGCUAAUCGUGAGCGAGAAGGACGCGGGGGUGAGGAGAGUGGUGGGAGUGCAUGA